UUUUUUCUCGCUCUUUCAGCCUUUUCUCCAAACCGUCAUGGUGCUGGUCGCGAUGACGUCACACCCAACCCAGGCCGGAAGCACCCUCCCCAAAAUCUGCUCCGUAUGUGCCUGUGUCCCCACCUCCACCGAGGUCGACUGCCGAAAUCGGGAAUUACAUGUAAUUCCCGAUCUCUCUCUGGAAAAGAUUAACUACACCUGGAGUCUGGAUCUGAGCAACAACGCGAUCAAGAGCAUCACAAAAUUCCCAAGUCUCCCGAACCUCGUGGAACUCCAUAUUCAGAAGAAUUACCCAUCAAGUAUCGAGGACGCGGCCUUCGCAAACCUGGAUAAUCUGAAGACACUGAAUUUGCGGAAUAACAACCUCACGCACAAUGAUAUUCGAGAAGCAGUCUUUGAAGGCAGAUACAGCCAGAACGCCUCGUUCCCACUCGCCAUCGAAGUCCUCGACCUUGGCUACAACAACUUCAGCCUCCUCCCGAGAAACUGCUUCCGCCACCUGCCCGCGCUCAAGAAACUGAUCCUGGCACACAACCCCCUCAGCGACAUCUCCCAAUCGACGAGCGCGGCCAUCAACGAGCUUCACAGUCUUGUGGAACUUGACCUCUCGCAGACCGGGAUCGACCGCCUUCCCCACGGGUUCCUCACUGACCUCCUCAACCUCCAAGUGCUGACCUUAGCGGGGAACAACCUCAAGCAAGUGCCGGUGGAGAUCAACUACGCUCGCUCGCUCACGCACCUCAACCUCAACGCCAACCCCAUCGAGAUCGUAGAAGAGGGCGACUUCACCAACAAGAGCUCUGGCCUCCGGAGACUCGACAUGUCCGCGAUGCCCAAGCUGAAGUCAAUAGGUCGCCACGCCUUCUCCUACCUCAACAGCCUCGAGUUUCUGCACUUGUCCAACUGCCAGAACCUCUUCGUGAUCGACAACGAGGCCUUCUACCAGCUGGACCCCAAGGAGACGCUGACGGAGGUCCACCUCCAGGACAACCGACUCUCGACGCUGAACGAGAACAUGCUGCCUUGGAUGAACGUCCAGUACGUGGACAUCCAAGACAACCCGUGGAACUGUGACUGUAACUUGAAGUGGGUGGCCGAGAAGCUCCUCCCAGAACUCGAGAAGAAGAACCCGCGAACCACACUGUCCCUUCUGUGCAACGAACCCCCUGAACACCAUGGAGAGACACUGUCCAAGGUCUUGGAAAAUGACGGCUUCCAGUGUCCUUAUGCCCACUCCUACGUCAAGCGGGGCAUGUACGGGCCUCUCGUGCUCAGUACCAUCGUCGUGGGCAUCAUCCUGCUCGUUACAGGAUCUGCGCUCUUCGCCUAUGCCCUUUACAGACGCACUCGGGUUGGCGCGAGAUUCGGUGAGUCGGUCAAGUACCGGCGAGCGCACGACGAGGACGACGAAUCUAUUCCCAACACCAUCCAUAGCUAGACGCCCUUGCUUUAUAGAGUAGAAUAAGCUACACCACCAACCCUCCCGUGACACCUCUUGUCUUCGGAAAACCAUUAACAGGGAUUGUACAAGCGUUUCCGUAAAGGAUUUCAAAAAACUUCAGAGAUCAUAUGAACCUAACAUAUAUGUUUGGCGACAGCUCAGUUUCGUCAGGACGGUUCGAACCACUCGAGUGUUUCAUACGAGCGUUAUUCGCACCUUGAUUGAUGUGCGAAUUAUGACACCCAUUCAGUGUGGCGCUCUCGUAUACUGUGGAAGUUUUAUUUUUGUCUAAAGCAGCGGAAAGGAUUCGUAUUUCUGUUCGCACUGACAGCGAAUCCACAAUGAUUAUGCUUAUUUUAUGAUUCGCUUGAAUUAGUAACCUAUUUGAAGAUAAGAUACUUUUCUAUUCAUAAGUUAAAUUUACUAGAUCCAAUUUAUAAGGCUAUUGUACCGUAAUUUUAAGUUCUCAUAUACUUACUGUAUAUUUAUGUAAUAUAUUUAUGAUUUUUUAGUUGAAAGACUUUUGUGUGAUAACUUUAUGAUUUACAC